UUCAGCCUCCUCUUGUCUCUUCCCCCUGCUGAUUCAUCCCCAGUUUUCUAUUCCAUCACCAUGGACAUCAACGCCCUCACCCCCUAUGACCGCAACCGCUUCAUGGCCAUGAUGGAGGAGAAGCAGGUCAAGGACUCCCUUCGCCUCUAUCACAACCUCGUGGAGCGCUGCUUCCUCGACUGCGCCAACGACUUCACCACCAAGACGCUCACUGCCAAGGAGGAGGCCUGCGUCAACAAGUGCUGCGACAAGUUCCUCAAGUACUCCGCCCGCAUUGGCCAGCGCUUCGCCGAGCAGAACACCGCCAUGGUUGACAUCCAGCAGCAGCUCAUCAGCGAGAAUGCCAGCCAGUAAGCGAUGUCGGGCACAUGCUGCGCGCCCUCUCUACAUGCACCUGCCCCCCUGUGGGGCCGAAGAAAUAGACCAUGGAAAAUACCUCCCA